UACUUUCAUCUACCAUGUUACCAAUUCUUUGAACUCUAUAGAUUUCAUGAAAAAUUACAAAGAAAAUGUUAAAUACUGCAAACUAAUGGAGAGUACAGAUCCAUCAUCCACCUCGCCGCACCCGCAGCUCCCACCAGGGUUUCGGUUCCAUCCGACCGACGAAGAGCUAGUGGUUCACUACCUCAAACGGAAAGUGGCUUCGGUUCCUCUACCGGUUACAAUCAUAGCAGAAGUUGAUCUUUACAAGUUCGAUCCAUGGGAGCUUCCAAAUAAAGCAAGCUUUGGAGAGCAAGAGUGGUAUUUCUUUAGUCCAAGAGAUAGGAAAUAUCCCAAUGGAGCAAGGCCUAAUAGAGCAACAACUUCGGGUUAUUGGAAGGCCACGGGGACAGAUAAGCCCAUCAUAACUUCGAAUGGAAAUCAAAAGGUUGGUGUCAAGAAGGCUCUGGUUUUCUAUGGAGGUAAGCCUCCGAAGGGGAUCAAAACGAAUUGGAUUAUGCAUGAAUAUAGACUCAUCGACAGUAAUUCUAAUUCAAAGGCUCAAAUUGUUGACUUACCCAACAGGAGAGCUUCUUUACGGCUUGAUGAUUGGGUUCUAUGCCGGAUUUAUAAGAAGAACAAUAGCCAAAGAUUGAUGGAAAAGGAUAAAAACCAUUCAGCCUUGCCAAGUUUUAGCCAUCAAAAUCAUGGUUCAUUGCUAGAACAUGAAGAAAAUUGCUAUAAAAGGAUAUUAACAGGAGACAGCAUGCAAAACAGCUCCAUUUCACAAACCGCAGUCUCUUCAAGCUCAAAGCAAAGUCUUCCCAUGGCGUUUUUAUCAGCAACUACGACAAAUUCAAUCCCAGUUAAACAAGCAAUAGCAGGUCCACAGUACUGGAAUAAUGAACCAAAUUCAACAGGUUCACAAUCAGGGAAACCCAGAUUCCAUGGUGAUUUAAAUAGUAUUUCCAUUGCUAGCCCUGACAUUGAUGAUACCAACUCAUCGUUCGUUUCUUUGCUGAGUCAUCAGUUGCCUCAGAACGCUCCAUUCAACACUAGCACGAUCGUUGGAUCUCUUGUCAAUGGGGUUUCUCGGCAACAAUUUAUACUUCAUGGCAUGAAUUGGAGCUCUUAG